AAGUGUAUACUUCUAACUUAUCAAUGCAACAAGAAAAAACAACAGCCCAGAACUUAAAGGAAAAGAUCACCAACAUUUCGAGUUCCGUGUCGUACGAAAAGUGUUGUGGGAUUCUUUCAACAGCAACUGACGGCCUCACAGGCUGGUUCAGUAAAAUCCCGUAUUUCGGGAAGAAGAAGUCGGACGAGGGAGAGCAAACUACUCCUGAAUCAGAUGACUUGGUAUAGUUCUACACGUUCUCCAAGUCACAUAUUCUUAACUUAGGAUAAUUCAUAACUUAU